AUGAGACGAAUUGACGAUUCACCACCACCACCAUCGACAACUAACAAUCCAUAUCAUUUUGAUCCAUUUUGUGAUUCACCUAAUCAAUCGUUAUCUGAUGCUGCUACUGCUGGUGGUGGUGGACUUAAUCAUCCUCAUCAUCAUCUGCUUUCUUCUUCUUCUUCUUCUACUUUUUCCUCUUCUUCCACUACUUCAUUGGCGUCGUCAUCGUUGUCUUCUUCUUCAACAUCUACGGCAAUUAUCACUGCUGCUGCUGCUGCUGCUACUAAUAACGAAUCUAUGACAACAUCCUAUACAAAAUCAUCGAAUAAUUUAAUCUUGAAAGGCAGUAAUAGUAGUAGUAGUAGUAGUGGUGCAAUAACAGAUGAAUUAUUUAUCAAAUCUGAUCGAGCAUUUUUGGAUUUAUGCACAAAUAAUCGAAUGGAAAGCUCAUCAUCUUUAAAUCCUGGUGCUGGUGGCGGCGGUGGUGGUAUUAUCAAUAAUCAUAAUAAUAAUAAUAAUAUUACUACACUUAACCUUCCUAACUCUACUACUAACACCUGCAGUUUAAGUAGUAGUAGUGUCGGUGGUAGCAAUACCAGCAGGAGCAAUAACGACGACGCUAUCCUUUCUAACAGUAACAGUAACAGCAGCAACAACAACAACAAUAGAAUGAAUUCCACUAAUCCAAUGAAAAAGACUAUAACAACGAAUAUGUCAGUGUCUGAUACCUCCAAUGACAAUAAUAAUAAUAACAACAGUAAAAGUAAUGAGCCAGUAGUGACCACCAGUAUAAGUCGAACCGCUGUCCACCCACGAACAACGCUAAAAUGUCCAUUUUGUGAUAAGGUCUUCAGUAAUUCUAGUGCAAUAGCCAAGCAUAAGUUAACGCACAGUGAGGAGCGUAAAUACAUUUGUACAAUAUGCCAUAAAGCAUUUAAACGUCAAGAUCAUUUAAAUGGUCAUAAAUAUACUCAUGAAAGUCGUAAACCGCAUGCAUGUCAUUUUUGUGAUAAAUCCUAUAGUGAUUCACGUUCAUUAAGACGACAUUAUGAAAAUGCUCAUCCAGAAGAGAAUGAACGUUGGAUGUUAUUAUGUCAAGCAACAAAUGGUGAUACAAGUGCUAUAUCAGUUGCUGCUGCUGCCGCCGCCGCCGCAUUAUUAUCUUCAGCAGCAGCAGCAUCAGGAACAACAACAACAACAACAACAAACUUAGAAACAGAUCCAUUACUUCUUUCAGAAUUAUCCAAUGUAGUAUCAUCUUCAACAACGACAUCAACUAGUGAUGAAGCUGGUUGUAAUACUACAUCUCCAUUAGCAUUGUUGAACGCUUUAAGUAAUAGUAAUAGUAAUAAUAAUAACAAUAAUAAUAAUAAUUCUUCAUCUGCAUCGAUCUCUUCAUCAAGUGUAAAUAAAUUGAUUGAAGAAUUAGGUCAACAAACUGGUCUUUCACCGGCUGCUUUAGUAGCCUUAGUCGCUUCAACUGGGUCGACAUCUUCAAGUCUACAACGAUUGGAACGUUCAUCAUCCUCUUCUGUUGGUGGUGGCAACAACAAUUCAACGAAGCAAUCGAAAUUUAGCGGGAACAGUAAUAGCAGUAUUAGUAGUGGUGGGGGUGGUAAAAAUACUCGGUCAGAUCAGUCGAUGCUAAAUUCACCUACAAAUUCACCGCAUUCACGUGUCUCAAUUAACGAUGAUAACAAUAACAAUAAUAUGGAUAUUACAGAUAAUGAUGAAGUGAUUGUAACCGAUGAAUAUGAUUUCUCCAAUCAGAAAGCGACUACUACAAUGAUGACGAUGCCAACGACAAUGACGACGGCAACAGCCACAGCUGCAGUUGCAGCUGCCGCUGCACUACUCAGCGGUAGCGGUAGCACUAACAGUACUAAUAAUAAUAAUUCCAAUAUCAAUACUAAUAAUCUUGUUAAAAUUAAUAAUUUCACAUUGAAUCCAAUUGAAGUAGCCAAUGCAGCUAAGGUAGCGCUAUUAAUGGCACAUCCAUUAGAAGAACCAAAACGUGUUGCCUGUGGUGUUUGUCAAAAACGCUUUAAAAAUCAAUCUGCUUUAAAUGGACAUAUGCGUUUACACGGGGGUUAUGGUCCAGCUGGUUUAAGUGGUGCAAUGUCAACAUCGACGACGACAACGCCGACGACAGCAACAACAACAAGUAGUAGUGGUAGUAACAGCGGUUCAACGGCAGUUGUAUCAUCACAGUCCAAUCUAUUUUUUAAUACUGCUUCUACUACUACUGGUAGUAUUAGUAAAAGUAGUAAAUGUAGGAUCACAGAUCCUGAUUCGCAUCAAAUAACCUGUGAUAAUGGCAACACUCUUAACACUACUACUAGUACUGCUAGUACAACGAAUAAUAAUAAUAACAAUCACAACAGCGCUUCGAACACGUUGAAACCAUUCAAGUUACAGACAAACACAUCUACAGUUUUUCAAACUAGUUUUGAGUCAAUCUCAUCGGGUAAUUCUUCUCCACCUUGUCAUCCUGUUGUUGCUAUGGCUACUGGAGGCGGUGGCAGUGGUUAUAACACUGAUAGUUUGUCUAAUCCCAUAUUUAAUCAAGUUCUUCAUUCCACUAGUCAAAGGCAAAAAAAUACUUGGUCAUAUUCUUCAACUGUUAAUAAACAAGCUAUAGAUCCAUCGUUACAGCAUAAUAAUAAUACUAGUAGUAGUAGGUGUAGUGACGGCAACAACAACGACGCUGAUGAUAUUGAUGAUGAUGAUGCUGCUGAUGCAAUAAAUCAACAUAAAUCACAAUUAUCAUUUACAAAUCAUCAAAUCAUCAGCAACUUAUCCAAUGAAAAUCAACAACAUUUACCUUCAAUACACGAUAAUUGGUUAUCACAGCAUUUCAAUUCAUCUAUGCAAUCGAUUCAUUCUUCUUUGAACCAUCCUCAUCACCAGCUGCAGCACCAACAGCAACAACAACAACAACCACCGCAAGUACAACACAGUCACAAUUUUAAUUUAUCACAAUUUGAUGAUAUUGUUGAUAUUACUAUGAAAAAGGAGAAUAAUAAUAAUAAUAUGAGUAAACAUAAUUAUAACAGUCUACCAUCAUCUCGAAAUCAUCAUCAUAGCUUAUUCGAUGAAUCUAUGCUGAAAUACAAUUCGUGUUUUUCGUCUUUAUAUUCAUCUACAACAAUGACGAUAAAUGAUGCUAUGACAGCUGCUGCCUCGUCGACAACAUCAUCUGACAGUAGUAGUAGUAGUAAUAAUACACUAACCACUUCUGUUGCCGCUGUUGCUGCUGCUGCUACGGUUAAUACUGCCACAACUCCAGCUACAACAUCAUCAUCAUCUCGUGGUGAUGAAUACCAUACAGUUGUUACACCACCACUGUCAUCAUCCUCAUCAUCCUUAUUAGAUAAACAGGGUAUAACAACAGCAAGAAAUACAAGUUUAGCAUCAAUUCAAUGUCUAUCAAAUCGAUUUAUUGAUUCACAAAAAUCAGAAUUACUCGGUUUAAUGGAUAGUGAUGAUUGGUGGCAUCCAGAGGUGGUGGUGAGUUCAAUUAAGAGUAACAACAACCUGAACAACAACAACUCUAUUUGUUCAAUGAAUAAUACCAACUCAUUUGAAGAUAUGAUGAUAUCAUCAAACAAUAAUAAUAAUAAUAAUAAAGUAAUGACAAAUUUUCCACUGAUAAAUCCUUCUGAUCAGAAAAAUAUCCUGACGAUUCCUCCAAAUAUUCACUUAGCAUCACGACUGAAAUCAGAUAAUAAUAAUAAUAAUAAUCCAUGUCAUAUUCCACCGGUUACAUCCACUCUGUCAUCGCCAUUUUUAUUAAAUCAAUUAUCAGUAUCAUCAUCAUCUUCGCCAGCGUCUUUGUCUUUAUCCUCUUCAACUAUAUCGUCAGUAUCAUCCUCGUCGUCUUCGUCGUCUUGGUCAACACAACGUGGACAAACAAAAUCUGGUUUCAGGCGUCCAAUCCCACAACCGUUACAAUUAGUCAAUGAGAUUAAUUAUCAACCACAACUUGGUCUUAGUAGUCAAUAUUCACCGAUUACACCAGCACCGAUGAAUAUGUCGAUGCAUACAAUGAUGAUGAUGACAGAGGAUGAGACGACAUCAGCAACAACAUCGUCAUCAUCAACAACGAUAACAACAGCAAUGGCGAAACCACUGACAACGACAACGGCAACGGUGACUAAUACUACCAUGAAUUUUGACUGUAAUCUUCCCCAGAAUAAUAAUCGUAAUGAAGGAUAUCAUCUAGUUGAUAGUGUUGUUCUAGAAGAGCGUAAUGAUACCAGCAAAUUUUCAAUGUGUUGCUUUGAUGCUAAUCGGUUUGAUUUAUCACAAUUUCAAGAUUCUUUGUUAUUUAAUUCAAUCUAUAGUAAUAAUAAUAAUAAUAAUGAUAGUAAUGCCAGUGUAUCUAGUGUUGUUCCUGCUCAUAUGAAUAAUCCUGGUGCUAGCAAUUGUAGUGGUGUUAGUGGUAUUAACACUUGUAAGGCGGCAUCCUCCUCCAUUUGUGUCGGUGCACAGGAUAAAACUAUAAUAGACAAUAAUAAUCAUAUCAUAAAUAUGAAUAAUAUGAUGCUUAUGAAGUCGAAUAAUACUACUACAUAUAAUAAUGAGAAUAGCAACUGUAAUUUAUCCUAUACUGUGAGUGAUCGUUUAAUGAAUUUAUCACAGAAGAGAACAAGUGUUAGUAAUAAUAAUGAUACUUUACCAAGAUUCCAGCACCACCACCAACAACAGAUGUCUUCUCCUGCUCUACUGUCGUCUUCUCAUCACCCUCAACAUCCUCCUCCCCAUCAACAACAAUCACAACAGCAACACCAAGUGAUGAUGAAUAGUGGUGGUAAUAACAUCAUCGGUGAAGAACAAGGAGAUUGUUCCACUUGUUGUUGUCGACCGACAUUUAGUUUUAUCAAUUCAUCAUUCGAAAGUACACAACAACCACUUCGUCAAAAUCAUCAUCAUCAGCAAACAGAUCGUCAACUUUAUCAUCAUCAUCAAAGGCAACAACCGCAUAGUCAUUCACAGAAUCAACAACAACAACAAAAUGUAUGUCCUAAUAACUCUACAAUGCAGACUUUACAAUCAAAUAUCCCAUCGGGUGGUUUAUCCUAUCAGCAUGAUCUUCGUCAACAUCACGAUCAAGUCAGUAAUAAUCGUUUGAACAGUUAUGAUAAUAAUAACAAUAAUAAUAACAAUAAUAAUAAUAAUAAUUGUAAUAAUUUAAAUUCUCGUCGAAUAUCAGAAUCAUUAUUACACACCUGUUCACAAUAUUCACAACAUCAUCAGUCUACAAGUUUAAAUCCUCUAGCAAGUAUGAAUUUUAUGCAUCAUUCAAUGAGUCGAUUCAAUGUACCUUCAAUGCCCAACAACAACAACAACGCCAAGAUGAUAACAACACCUUCCACGUGUUGUACAACAUCAACAAUACUAAGUCAAAAUUGUUGUCCUCUUAUGAAUAUGACACCAGCAUCGUCAUUAUCAUCAUCAUCGUCAUCGAGUUUCAUUCACUCAUCAUCAAUAAGUAAAAAUAAUACUAAUAAUAAUAAUACUCCUAGCACUACUAUAUCAAUUUCUAAUUUUAAUAAUAAUUCUGAAAAUAAUUCAAUAAGUACAAAUAACUUUCUUAAUUUAACUUCAAAUCGAUUAAAUUACAAAGCAUCAUCUCCAUUAUCAUCACUAUUACAAAGACAACAACAACAACAGGACAACGAUGAACACCUUCAUUCUCAUCGUCAUCCUCACCAUCAUCAUCUUCAACAACCAACAAUCUAUCAAAUGAUGUCAUCAAAUCAUCGUGCUGUUGAUUCGUGUUCAGACAGAGUGGAAACUGGUCACUUCUUUAAUGGAUCAGAGAUAAUGUUGAGUAGUAGUAAUAGUAAUAAUAAUAAUAAUAGGCUAGGUGAUGAUGGUAGUGCUAUGCCUAAUCAGCAACAUAGUUAUCAAACGCCUAACAUUAAUAGUAGUAGUAAUAAUAAUAAUACUUAUCCUAAUAGUCAUCAUUAUAAGAGUUUCUUUGCAACAAGUCAUGAACAGUCUGAUUCAUCUGAAAAACACUCCUCCUCCGCCUCCUCCGCCUCCUGUCGAAAUCAAUUCUGUUCAUUAUGCAUGGAACCGGAGAGAAAACGGCAUAUUUCAGCUCCAGUUGCUAAUAAUAAUAAUAAUAUUUCAUCGUUAUCGUCUCAAGCCUCAUUUUUGUUGUCAGCAUCAGCGUUAUCUGCAUCAGUAGCGUGUUCAUCUUCUGCUUUCUCCUCCGCCUCUUCCUCCUCCUGCUCCGUAUCAUCCUUAUCAUUGCCAUUCUCAUCGUCAACAUUUCCGGGGAAACAUUCAGUAGUUAUGCCAAGUUAUAGAAAUGAAAGUACAGAGAAGUCAUGCUUUUGUUUACAGGAAUGCCCACAGCAGCAACAACAACAAACACAGUCUAACCGAUGUUGCAGUGGAUUGUCUUCUGACGAUCCAAUGGCAACAGCUUCUGUUGAACAACCAUCAAGUGAUGCUGUUGCAGAACUGUUAAUGCAAAGUCAUAUUACUGAUCCUGAUGGAUUGCCGUUGACAUGUGAAUUGCAUAAUUCAUGUUCUACAAUACCACAAAAUUCUGUAACACCUUCAGGAUCUUUAUCAACAACAACAACAAGAAGUCUGCCGGCAGGAAGUGGUGUUCAAUCCAUAGCCAUUGAAGGCGACAAUGCAAUCGAUAAUAAUGAUGAACAACAGGCCUACAGAAAUAUGAAUUUUAUGAAUAAUAAUAAUAAGUCGAGCACAUUUUCAUUUGAUAGAAUGCCUGUUUCACAAUCAUCAUUAUUAUUACAGUCAACUUCAUUGUCAUCGGGAUUACCGGCGGCUACACAGAUGGUUCAGACACUACACCAUCAAUAUCACCAUCAUCAUAAUCAGCAACAACAACAUCAGCAGCAGCAGCAAGGACAACGACAACAGUCAUCGUCUUUUCAUACAUUUACUGAAUCAAAUUUACCAAGGGAGUCUUCAUUUCAUUCAAGUGGAACAGUCGAUUUAACUGUGGAUAUGGAACAACCACAAUCACAACCACCACCGCCACCACAACAACAACAGCAACAAUCACAACGACAAUUUUCUCAGUCACCAGUAUAUCAAUAUAAUCAACACCAUCAUUAUCUUCAUCAUCAUCAUCAACAGCAACAAAAUCAGAAAUUGCCGGUUAGUUUAAAUUUACCGAUUGCUACGACUUGUUCUGCUGCUGCUGCACCUACCACUAUUAUCAUUACGACGACGACGACAACGACAAUGGCAACGGCAACAGCGACGACAACCACAUCAUGUUCAUUGUCGAGUUUGAAUCAAUUCGACUUGUUGGAUUUGACUGUAGUGUCAAGUGUACACAAAACUGAUAAACCUGUGGAUAAUAAUAACACUAGUCAUGAUAGUCAUGCUGCUGUUAUUAAUUUGAAAAAUACAAUUACAGUGGAUAGUAUAACUUGUAUUGAUGAUGAUCAUGAUAGUAAUAAUAAUAAUAAUAAUAACAGUAAUGCUAAUAAUACAGGUAAAUAUACAUCGGAAUCAGACGAUUAUGCUGAUAGUCAGUUAUCAGUUGCAGCAAAAUUAUCAAAAUCACUAGCUGAAGAUAAUCUCUUCCGUAAUCCUAAGGCAUUACCUCCACCGAAGAAGAUGAAGAGUAAACCAGCGCCUAUAUCAAUUCCUCCACAAACUGGUGCAAAUUUAUCACGAUUACGUUCUCCGCGUGUAUGGAGUUCAAAGCAUAAUUCUCUUGAUUCAAGUCCUCCACCGUAUACACCACCGCCAAUGUUAAGUCCAAAUCGUCAAGGUUCUGGUUUAUUCGCUUCAUUGUCAAAAUGGCAUAGUAGUGGUAGUAGUAGCUCUCUACGUUCACAUAAUUAUCCUGGUGCUGCUGCUACACUAGUUAAUCGUCGGUAUUCUAGUUAUUAUCAUUAUUAUAAUAAUUCAUCUAAUGUUGUAUCCAGUGCAACAUCAUUAUCAAGUAAUCUUCAUAAUGAUUUGGAUAGUAGUCAUAAUAAUACCAGUGGUCAAUUGAAACGUCGUCACGCAAGUAGUAGCGGCGGCGGCAUUCAUAGUAACAAUGAUAGCAGUUAUAGCAGUAAUACCAGUGGUAUUGGAGCUUCAAAUCAAAGUAUCAAUAUCAUGGAUCCUAAUUAUAAUAAUAAUAAUAACAGUAAUAACUACAAUAGCAAUUUUAUUAAUAACACUGAUACUUGUAUGCGAGAUAUCAAUCGACCAAUAGCGUAUACACGUAGACGACGUCAACAAUUGACGCCUAAAUCUGCUCCUGUAUUGAUUCUCAAUACAUGUACAAAUAAAAAUCAGACAAAUCAAUCCAAAGAUCAAUUUGACGAUAAUGAAGACGAUACAAUCAUCAAUGAAACACACCAGCCAACAUUUUCUAGUACCGACACUAUAUUCGGUUAUGAUGAUGAAACAAUGCGUCGAUUUGCUGAAGCUGAUGCUGUUCACGAAGCCUAUCGAUUAAGUCGACAAAAACAACGUCGAAAUAAUUAUGCUUCACGUCGUCAUAAUUAUAAUUCAGAAUCUGAUCUUAUUUUAAAUAAUAAUAAUAAUAAUGAUAAUAUCAAUGAAAUGAAUCACUGUGAAAAGAAAAAAACUGAUCAAAGUUUUAAUUUUACUGAUGAACAGCUAUUAAACUUUGAUUUUGAAAUGAAAACUUGCGGUGAAACUGAUUACCCGGAAACAGCUAUACAAUUUAAUGAAGAUGUUGAAUUUGGUUCAGGCGAUGAAAUGGACGAUGAUGAUGAUGAUGAAGAGAUCGAUGACGAUGAUGAUGAUGAUGAAGGUGUACCGACCAGUAUUAUCCCACAUAUUAAUAUUGGUAAUGCCUAUCAAGCAGUGAUCCCUGAUUUGUGCCAAGAGUCAGCAACAGCAACAUCAGGGAAUAAAGAUUCAUCAGAAUGGGAAACGUUACUAUGGUAUCCGGCGAAUCUUGAUGAAGACGAUCCUAAAAAUAUUGAAUCAUUAAAUCUACUCAUGAAAAUUGCCUGUUCCCCGGCUGUUCGUAAUUGUGGCUUGAAUAUGGAGUACACAUUUCAUUUGCUGUGUAAAUAUAAAGGUGAUUUGGAGAUGACUCUGCAUGCUUUACUUCGAGAUACACUGGUUGUCUAUGAUUAUGUUUAUGCGGAGACAACAGCAUGGACAACUGAAGAAAUUGUCCGUUUUCAACAAGGUUUAGCUGUGCAUGGAAGAGAUUUUCAUCAGGUAGCUAAAGAUCUACAAGCGGCUGGAAUGAAUAAAACUGUUAAAGCUUGUGUAGAAUUCUAUUAUGUCUGGAAAAGGAUGAAUACACCAUCGGAUGUUAAAUGGUAUCGAGAUCGUGCUCGUCGUCAGCGUCCACCUACGCGUAUUGAACCGAUCAUCACUGAAGAAUCAUUAUCGGAACAAUUUGAAGCAAUUGAACAACAGUGCAAUGCGUAUACAGAUGUGAAUACAAUUCCAGCAGCAGAAAAUAAUUUAGCUAAUGUGCCUUACAAUCUACGUCCUCCACCUCCACCGCCUUUCUGUCUUUCACCACCACCACCACCAGCAGCAUCAAUUUCAUCCAAUACAAGAUCGAAUGAAUUGAAUACUAUUCAGCAUAAUGAUGAAAAUUCCUUAGAAAAUUCUUAUGAUGAUUUUAUGGAUAUUGUGUUCAAUGAGUCUUUUCCAAUCUCAUCAGAAUGA